GCAUCAUUUUACGUUUGAAAAACACGAAUGCCAGAAACUUCUAUGUUCACACUACACCAAAGAAUAUUCCAACACUGUGUAAUCUACUUAAAUAAGCAAAGUGAUAUAGAUUUACACAGUAACUCAGUUUCCAAGUUUCCACUCUGUGGUGGAUGGUAUUUUCGAGGCGAACUCAUGAAUCACAAGUUUUUAUACAACUUUAUCACUGAUAAAAUGAUAGAGUUGAACGACUGCUUCUCAUUUAGAAGUGAUAUCGUGAAUAUACUACAGUCAGUUAGUAAGGAAAACAAUCCCAAAAUGUUUGAUGCAAUGGACUGUUAUACUACCUUAUGAGUUUGAAAAAUACCUCUGAGGUUGUAAAUACACUUAGAACACCCUUCAAUGUGUUGGUGUACUCAGAAAUGUGUUUAGCAUUUUGUCUUUGUGUUUUAAAACAAGAAAAAAAUAACCGCUUGGUGUCAUCAUUGUGAACAGACAGUGUGGCAUGUUUUAUACUGAUACAGACGGACCGGUGGGGGAUGGGAAUCAACCUUUUAAGUCUAUGAUUGUGUGUGUGUGUGUGUAAGGGGGGGUAGCAGUGUUUAUUCCUGAAAUCCUGAUUUAGUUUACGUUGUCCCCCUUGGUUUAAC